AUGUUGAGAUUAGGGACGUGGGGUAGACGAUUUAAUUCUUCCAUUAGUUUGGUCAACUCUAACGAUAAUUACAUAUCAGUGAAGUUGAAUGGUAAGAUAAUUCAAUACAGUUCCAUAUUCUUGAGGGAUGCCUGUUCAGCUCCAGAAUCUGUUGAUAAGCAUUCAAGUCAAAAAUUAUUCACUACCGCAGAUAUUAGUAAAGAUUUGAAGGUUCACGACACUAAAGUUGUUCAUAAUAAAGAUGGAGAUGUGUUACAGGUCAAGUGGUUUCAAAAUGGGCAAAAUCAUAUUUCUGAAUAUUCCUUUAAGUUCUUAGAUCAUUAUUCAACCCGAGAAUCUCGAAUCAAGGGUAGGUAUUUUGAAGAUUAUAGAAUCGUAUGGAACAAUUCUAUUCUUACCAGAGAUUUGGAAAGUAUUAAUACCCUGUACGACGCUUAUAUGAAUGAUGAACAAACAUUUCAUAAAAUGGUUCAACAAUUGAAUAAAUAUGGACUUUGUUUCGUGAAUGAUUUACCUCAACCAACGGAAGAAACCAUGACAGAAGAAAAUGUAAACCACUGGCCAGUUUCUAAGCUAGCAAACAAAUUCGGAUACAUCAAAAAGACUUUUUAUGGAACUUUGUUUGAUGUUAAGAAUGUAAAGGAAGCUAAGAAUAUUGCUUAUACUAAUUCAUUCUUACCAUUACAUAUGGAUUUAUUAUAUUAUGAAUCACCUCCAGGAUUACAAUUUCUUCAUGCUAUCCAAAACUCCACUUUAGGUGGAGAGAAUAUCUUUGUUGAUUCAUUUGUUGCAGCCAAAUACAUCAGAGAAAAAGAUCCUAGAGCUUUCAAUGCAUUGACUCAAAUUCCAAUCACUUAUCAAUAUAACAACAAUAAUGAAUUCUAUUAUUAUCAGCGUCCUUUGGUAGUUGAAGAUGAACGUAUUGAUGCCAAAUCAAAAUAUCCUUUCAUAAAAGAAGUUAAUUAUUCACCACCUUUCCAAGGACCUUUUGAAUUAGGUAUCACCAAAUCUAGUGGUAAUUCCAUGACCGAAAAUGCUAAUCAUUCUCAAUUCAAUGAUUUCCUUAGAGGUUUAAGAAUGUUUGAAGAAUUUAUAAACAAUCCAGAGAAUCAAUAUCAAUUGAAAAUGCCUGAAAAAUCAUGUGUUAUAUUUGAUAAUCGUAGAGUUUUACAUUCAAGAUUAGAAUUUUCUGAUUCAAAUGGUGGAGAUAGAUGGUUAAUGGGAUGUUAUGUUGAUGGAGAUAGUUAUAAGUCCAAAUUAAGAAUAGCAUCUAGAUUUAUUUAA